GGAGGGACGAGGCAGUGCAAGAGAAGACAGCCAGGUUUCAGUCUAGUCCCGCUUGUUGAGCAGCAGCAGCUCACUUGUCUGAGCCUGCAUGAACUGUGAUAAACUGCCGACACUCCCCCGUGACUUGUAACGCCUGUUUCGGUCUCCGGAGGUGAGGACAGGUCUGCAGGCUCCGGAGCGGCUCUCCACCACCGAAACCUUCUUAUUCACCAAGAUAAGAAGGGAGACAGAGAGAGAGAGUCAUGGAUAAAAGAAAAGAAAUGAUAAGCAGCUAGCGCCUGUAGGGAAGUAAGCUUAGGGAAAGAGUGAGAAACAAGACGAAGUGUCGGGAGAAGGAGGAAGAGCAGGAUGGGGAUGGAUUUCAGCACUCUGCGGACCCUCAUCAGCCGAUAUUGUGUGGGUGAGGAGAACUGGGUGGACAACAGGACAGUUUACAUUGGACAUAAAGAGCCUCCUCCAGGAACGGAGGCCUUCAUACAACAAAGAUAUCCUGACAACAGAAUAGUGUCUUCCAAGUACACAUUUUGGAACUUCAUCCCCAAGAACAUGUUUGAGCAGUUCAGAAGGGUCGCCAACUUUUACUUUCUCAUCAUAUUUCUGGUUCAGUUGAUCAUCGACACCCCCACGAGUCCAGUCACGAGCGGACUGCCUCUCUUCUUUGUCAUCACAGUCACGGCCGUAAAACAGGGAUAUGAGGACUGGUUGAGACACAAAGCAGACAAUUCUGUCAACCACUGUCCCGUCCACGUGGUGCAGCAUGGGAAAGUGGUCCGCAAGCAGAGUCGCAAGCUCAGGGUUGGAGACGUGGUCUUGGUGAAAGAGGAUGAGUCUUUUCCAUGCGAUCUCAUCCUUCUUUCCUCGUCUCGAGAUGAUGGGACAUGUUUUGUUACGACAGCCAGCCUGGAUGGAGAGAGCAGCCACAAGACGUAUUAUGCAGUUCAGGACACCAAAGCUUACAACACAGAGCAGGAGGUGGACUCCAUCCAUGCCACUAUUGAAUGUGAACAACCUCAGCCAGACCUGUACAAAUUUGUGGGCCGCGUCAACGUCUACAUGAACAAUGAGCCAGUGGCCAGGCCACUGGGAUCCGAGAACCUGCUGCUCCGAGGAGCCACACUCAAGAACACUGAAUACAUCUAUGCUGUUGCCAUCUACACUGGCAUGGAAACCAAGAUGGCUCUGAACUACCAGUCCAAGUCUCAGAAAAGAUCCGCGGUGGAAAAAUCAAUGAAUGCGUACCUGGUGGUGUACCUGUGCAUCCUCAUCAGCAAAGCCCUCAUCAACACGGUGCUAAAGUACGUGUGGCAGGCCGACCCCAACAGAGACGAGCCCUUUUACAACGACAGGACGGAAACUGAGAGGCAGAGACACAUCCUUAUCAGGGCGUUCACAGACUUUUUGGCCUUUAUGGUUCUCUUCAACUACAUCAUUCCCGUCUCGAUGUACGUUACCGUGGAAAUGCAGAAGUUCCUGGGCUCCUACUUCAUCAUGUGGGAUGACGAGAUGUUUGAUGAGGAGCUGAAAGAGAGAGCCGUGGUCAACACAUCAGACCUGAAUGAGGAGCUGGGGCAGGUGGAAUAUAUAUUCACAGACAAGACGGGGACUUUGACAGAGAACAACAUGGAGUUCAUCGAGUGUUGUGUGGAUGGACACGUUUAUGUUCCUCAUGCCAUCUGUAAUGGACAGGUGAUGCCUGGUGCUGCUGGUAUGGACAUGAUUGACACAUCGCCUGGACCUGAAGCCAAGGAGCACGAGGAGCUGUUUUUCCGUGCGUUGUGUCUGUGCCACACGGUGCAGGUGAAAGAGGAGGAGACGGUAGACGGGAUCAAGCAUGGCAUUCACCAGGGAAAGUCCACUUCCUUCUACAUUUCCUCAUCUCCAGACGAGGUGGCGCUAGUGGAGGGCAUGAAGAGGCUUGGUUUCACCUAUCUGAGACUGAAGGACGGUCAGAUGGAAAUCUUAAAUCGGGAUGAUGAGAUAGAAAGGUUUGAGCUGCUAGAAGUUUUGACAUUUGAUUCAGUCAGACGAAGGAUGAGCGUCAUUGUCAGGGCCAGGAACGGAGAGGUGUAUCUGUUCUGUAAAGGUGCCGACUCCUCCAUAUUCCCCAGAGUUAUCUCAGGCAAGGUGGAUGAGGUCAAAGCUCGGGUGGAGCACAACGCAGUGGAGGGUCUGAGGACACUUUGUGUGGCUUAUCGGCCUCUGAGCACAGAACAGUACGAGCAGGUCUGUCAUCAGCUGAGCAUGGCCAAGUUGGCGCUACAGGACAGAGACAAACGCCUGGCCGAGGCUUACGACCUCAUUGAGACUGACCUCAUACUGCUGGGAGCCACUGCAGUGGAGGACAGGUUGCAAGAAAAAGCAGCCGACACCAUCGAGUCCCUCCACAAGGCUGGUAUGAAGGUGUGGGUGCUGACCGGGGAUAAGAUGGAGACCGCGGCUGCAACCUGCUAUGCCAGCAAGCUGUUUCACCGCCACACCCAGAUCCUGGAGCUGACCACCAAGCGUACGGAGGAGCAGAGCCUUCAUGAUGUCCUGUUUGACCUGAGCAGGACAGUCCUCAGACAUUAUGGAGAAAUAACCAGGGACAUCUCUGGGUUGUCGGGUGACUGUACUGACUAUGGCCUAAUAAUUGAUGGAGCCACCCUCUCCGCGGUGAUGAGGCCCGGACAGGAAGACUCAAACUCAGGGAAUUAUAAAGAGAUCUUCCUGGAAAUCUGCCGUAACUGCAGUGCAGUCCUCUGCUGUCGAAUGGCGCCGCUUCAGAAAGCGCAGAUUGUCAAGAUGAUCAAAGCCUCCAAAGAGCACCCAAUCACGCUGGCCGUUGGAGACGGUGCGAAUGAUGUCAGCAUGAUCCUGGAGGCCCAUGUUGGCAUUGGUAUUAUGGGUAAGGAGGGACGCCAGGCGGUGAGAAACAGUGAUUACGCCAUCCCAAAGUUUAAACACCUCAAAAAGAUGCUGCUCGUCCAUGGACACUACUACUACAUACGCAUCUCAGAGCUUGUGCAAUACUUCUUCUACAAGAAUGUGUGUUUCAUCUUCCCCCAGUUCCUCUACCAGUUCUUCUGUGGCUUCUCUCAACAACCGCUGUACGAUACAGCCUACUUGACUCUGUACAACAUCAGCUUCACGUCGCUGCCCAUCCUGCUCUACAGUCUUAUGGAGCAGCACAUUAAUAUGGACAUCCUGAAGAAGGAUCCCUCUCUCUAUAGAGAUAUUGCGAAGAACUCUUUGUUGAGGUGGCGCAUCUUCAUAUAUUGGACGGUCCUGGGUGUAUACGAUGCCAUCGUGAUGUUUUUCGGGGCUUACUUCCUGUUUGACAACACCACGUUCACCAGCAACGGACAGCUAAUGACAAGCAACACACAGAUGAUGUUUGGAAACUGGACGUUUGGGACGCUGGUCUUCACUGUGCUCGUCUUCACUGUUACAUUCAAGUUGGUUCUGGACACGCAUUACUGGACAUGGAUCAACCAUUUUGUCAUCUGGGGCUCACUGGUCUUCUUUGUGGUCUUCUCUCUCUUGUGGGGUGGAAUUAUCUGGCCUUUCCUCAACUACCAGAGGAUGUAUUACGUGUUCAUGCAGAUGCUGUCCAGCGGUCCAGCCUGGCUCAGUAUAAUCCUGCUGAUAACAGCCAGUCUGCUGCCAGAUGUGGUGAAGAAAGUGAUCUGCAGGGCUCUGUGGCCCACCACGACUGAACGCAUACAGAAUGCUGACAAACUCUACAAGGGCCAGCUGUCGGAGUUCACCCCUCUGGCGUCUCUCCACGCCCCACCCAAGGCUGGCAGGCACCGGCGAGGCUCAGAAAACCAAAGGAACGAGCUGAACCCCCGAAGGUCUGAACCCUUUAACAAGAAAGUCAUGUUCACACGCUGGCAAAGAACGCCAGACUACAGCACCUUCAGUCCCCUCCUCCGAUUUGCGGAUGGCUCCUGCCGCUAUAUCCCGGCGAAUGCCUACAGCGAGGCAGGGCCUGAGACCUCAGUCUAAUUUAUUUGUUUUUUGCAAUUUUCUUGUUAAUGUACUAAUAUCAAAUGCAAGGACAUCUGCUGUAUUUGGAGCUAAACCGAACAAGCGUGACUCAGAUGUAUUGUUUGGAAGUAAGGUCUUCCAAAAGUAACGGGAUACUUUCCAUUACUGACAACCGGAGUCACAGUGAGAACUGUGCUGCUUUUACCAGGUAGUUCAUUUUAGGAGUUCACACUGCUCCCAGGCAAGUGUGGCACAAAUAACUUUGGGACAGAUCAGCAAAGGAGUCCGGCCACAAAGCCUAAAUUUACCACCGUAACUUGCAAAGGGCUUAUUGUGUUGAUGUCACCGGAAAAAGAAAAAGACACAGACUCGAGAGCUGUGAUUUUGCACUACGAAUGUGUGCACUGUUCUUUUACAUCUCUCUGCCUUUAGCAGCAGCUGAAGUGUACUUUUUUUUUUGUUUGUUUUAAUUUAAUUUGUUGUGACUGGAAUUGAUGAUGAUAAUGAUGAGGUGUCAUUUCCAUCUGUCUGACCAAACAUUUUCUUAUUCAACCAUCUCUCUCUGUCUCCUCUCUGUCUGACCUGCCUCUUUUUAGGAAUAACUGGUGUUGCCUGUGUGCAAACUUAUUAUCCAGAAACACUCCCUAGGACUCUGCGGGUCUGAUCAACAUUGUAAGAAGGCAUGGAGUAGAGGAGGAAAGCAUGAAUGUCGGAAAACUCAGUUGGCUCUUUUUUCCUUGUUGAUUAUAUGAUGAAGGAAAAAGAAAAAAAAAGCCAACUUUAAAUCCACAUUAAGCUUUCCUUAGCUGUAGGUAGUAUAGCGUGUUUGGGAUAGAUCUAUGUGAGUGAAUGUUAGAAGGAUGUGUUUGUUUGUAUUCAUUGCUACAGUAUUUAUAUCUAGUAUCCUUCAGCAUAUAUAAUACACACAUACAAUCUUUCCUUACGGUUCAUUAUUUAGUGAUUGUUUUGUAGAAAUGGCAAAUGAUGACUUCAUACAGUAUCUGUAGCCUUAAUGUUGCCUUUAUUAAAACAUGAUUUUUCACUAAAAUCCUUUACCAAAGAAACUGAAAGUAUAACCUCCUAUAUAUUUGAUCAUAUAUAGGAUAUAUAUUAUAUUUAAUCAGUAUGUUUCCUAAAAGAUUAAAGCAGUCGCUACACUGAAUGUAGAAUGUAUUGGUUAAGUAGAAGCACUUAACAAAAACAAACAAAAAAACAUUUAAAAUACUGUAUGUCCUUUAGUAAUGAGAUUUUAAAACAAGAAAGCCAUUCCUCUUAUUUGUAAGUGCCCCAAACUAUUUAUUGCCUUUAAGUAAAGAGCUUUCUGACAUUAGUGUACUGACUAUACACAUUUACUGGUAAAAACAUGCACAAAUUUGCAUUUCUCUCUAUGCAAAGAAAUCAUAACAGCUGUAAUUCUGUUGUCAGAAGUAUCCUUUUACAAAUACAGGAGACAUGUUGUCAUGUUAUCAUGUAAUAUAAAAAUACAAACCUGUCAUUUUCUGAAGUUGUAAUUUUCUUUGCAACACAAGAUUUAGUCCUACCUAUGUCGGGUUGGGCAGUUAUGACGAGCGUAGUUUGAAAAUAGCAAAAGAUUUACUUUAAAUGUAAUUCACGUUUUGGUUAAAUGUGCCCCUCUCUUUUUAUAAGCCAAACAGAUGCUAAACACACACCUGUCAACCUCCUCCAGACACGUUUUAGAAAUUCAUCGAGCUGAGAUUGAUUUCUGGGAGAAAACAGAAGCAAAAAUAGAGAACAAAAAACAUUCAUUCAUGGACCAGAGCAGCACAAGCACAAGACAGGAUAUCUUUCAAGUCCUUUAAGUCUUUUAAGGUGAUACGCCAACAGUUUUAGCAACCUCAAACUUUCAAUGGGGUAAAUAUUGUUCUCUGUGCAUCCUGCAUUUGGCCUAAAGUUAUCAUCGUCGUCAUCUGAUGACCGCACACUCACAAAGCUGGCCAUAGUUGGCAGCCCUGUGGCUUCUUAGGACAGGAUAACUGCAGCCAGGUUGUGGCACUUUGGCAAAAUAACAAAUUCUGCUUAAAAAAAAGGAUUCAACUAAUCUGGUUUUGUCGGACUGGAUUAUUGGAUUUAGAGAGAACGGUUAUACCUCUUUAUCAAACUCGGGGGUUGAUGGCAGAUAUGAUCAUUUUUGGCAUCUACAAUAAGCACAAAAACAUUGCAUUAUAUCUAUAUUUAAAAUGAUUUAAUUACACCAGACCUUGUUGUUACCUUUGGUCAUAUACAUGUUUAAAUAUUUGCACAAAUGUUCACUAUUCAUAAAAUUAAUAAACUAUUAAUAUAUUUACAACAUUGAGGCGUAUCCCAGGAUAAAAGCACUUGCACCCUUUUAAAGAGAAUAAAUUCCGGUAAAUAUAAGUGAUCAGUUUUAAAAAACUGUUAACACUUUGCAUUAAAAGAGGCCAUAAUUCAUAGCAAAAAUACUUUUAAUGGAAAUAAAAUAACAGGAGGCUCUUUCAUUUAGGAAAGUGUUAGAUAUGUUCUGCAGUUCAUACGGACUACAACUUUUAAUAGUUAAAUGCUUCUAUGUUUUAAAAGCCUUAUGAUGAUGUAAUGAGUGUCUACACUAAGAAGAGGCCUUCAUGUGCAGUCUUUUAAUUUUCUCACCUUUCUCUUUCAACACUUGUCCACUUUCUUCUUAUUUUCUAGCUUUCUCUCUCUCUCUCAUUCUUGAGGAGUUUCCUACUUCCGCUACAAUCACCUCCACCUGUAUCAUCAUCAUCUUCCUCUCAUCUGACCCCUCCCGCAUCUUCUCGACCACUCCUCCAUCAGCUCACCCUCCCAUCCGUUAUGAGACAGAGCAGACACGCUGUCCUGGACUCUUUGUAAUAGCACUUCUAUGAACCAAAGCCUUGUUGCUGCUACAGUAGAGAUACUUAUAGCUGCUUUACUUUAGGUGCCUUGUGCUAGUUUAUGAAACGUAUACAUGUAGAUGUUUGAACUGAAGUCUCUGUGUUUGCUUUAUGGUGAAGUCACUAGUAUUAGUGAGUACUUGCAUGGUACUAAGGCUCUACAGAUGAUGGAUGUCGACGCUAGUGAAAAGAUCAUUAGUGCUUGCGCAGGUUACAUUGUUAAAAAAAAAAUCUGAACAAAUAGAAAUGAUUAUCAGUCGAAUGAACAAAUUAUUACCACUUGCACCAAAAAAGAAAUUAAAUGACUUACGUGUAAUACCUAUUUUUCUUGAAGAUGUUUUAUAAAUGUCCAUGAGGGAGUUUGUCUAUGAGUUAUUUCUAUUGUGUUUUUGGUUCAAGGUGUAAAAUCUGUGGUCCAUUACUGUUACAAACUGGAAUGUUUUUUAUUUAUAUAUCCUUUGUAUACUUUCUUUUCUUUGACAUCCCCAGCUAACUGUUUUGUUUUCAACAUUUAUUUCGACUGAACAGUAAAGCCAAGGGGCUCUUAUACUGAUGGACACUGAGAUUAGAUCCUUUUUAUCUCUGAACAACUGAAACAAAGACAAAAUCACUCUUCAUCAACAGAAACUCCUUUAAAAAGUAUCCCUGAGAGAUUAUGUGCUUGUUUAAGCACUUUAAAUAAAAGUCUUAAACAACCAAAUUCAGAACUUCGAAGAAAGUUGAGUGUCUGAAUUCACACUGGUCUUCAUUGGACGUUUGGCUGUCAUCUAAAACCCUGCCGGCUAAAUAACAUUUGAUACGCAAGUAAUCCUAAUCAUUUUAAACCUAAACUGAAAUGUGAUGUCUGAAAGCGGCGAGGAAGCUGUCAUGUUAAAGCUGGAUGAUAGUUUUUAUUUUUAUUUUUCAUUUAUUUUUAAUAAGCCAGUUCACUCCCAAGUAUAACCACUGGGUCACGUACCUCCGAGGAUGAAUAUAAUCCAACUGUUGGAACAUUGCCUUGCCUGUUAGAGAACAGACUGCAACAAAUGUGGCCUAUAAGCACUGACCAGUAACCGUGUUACAUUAAUAUGUGAUUAAUUUGCAGAGGAAGAAAAAAAAAAGAAUAUUACUGGAUCUUAAAAUGGGAUUUGAAAGGCACCAACCAAGGAUUAACACAUUUCUCAAUGUGAAGAUAGUCAAAACUGGUUUAUUUUAUUCUGAAUUUAAAGGCACUCUUUGUAGCAAUACCAUGUCCGACCACAAGGGGGUGUUUAUCUCCACAGUGUUGAGAUGAGCGCCACUUGAUAAUACUGUGCUAAAGUUUAGCAUGUCUUGCAAUACCACGUUCUGACACUAGAGGUGCACUUCUUUGUGUCUUACGCCACUGGACUGACGGUUAACUUUCUUGUGACAUGCUGCCCCCACGUGGUCACAAUUGGCAUUUGUUGCAUAGAGAGGCUUUAAAAGAAGUAUCAGGCAAGAAGGUGAAGCUUUAGAUUUAAACAUCACUUACUUUUGUUAUGAUUGCAGUCGUUCCUUGGAAGCUAGUAUUGGCACAAAGCCACAACUUUACAAAAAAAUCAUGAAUCUACAGUCACUGUAAUACUUUGUAUGUACAUUAGAGACUGUGAUACCUUUUCUUUCUUAUUUUGGGAGACAAUAUUUGAGUCUUUCUAAAAUCCAGACUAAGUUGAGAUAAAACACUAUGUAUCUGUUUCUAUGUAUGUAUGCAUAGCUUUACACGAAAAUGGAUUUCUGUGGUGUUGGCUGAUGUUCAGACACACCUCGGCUCCCAGCCGUCUGUGUGAGAAUCGACACUUUGCUGUAGAAACCGUCGAAGCCGUUAAUGGUGAAGUUUAAGGUCUUAUUGUACCCGUUCCUCUCGUCCCCGUCUGUCCCGAUCUUCCCUAAACUGACAGCCUUCACACAGAAUGUCAUUGGUUCUCUUUGGCAAUGUAUUAUUUUAUAGUCAUAUAUAUGUCUAUAAUCGGUGGUAUCUAUAAAAUGUUGUACACUCGAAUAUAUGAACAAUAUAUUGAUGUAGUUAUGUCAAUGUACAGUUUUUGGGGUCUUUUUGUAUACAGUUUUUAACAGAGUCAUAUCAAGAAUUUACUUGUGUAUGUUUGCCAAUCUGUCUUUAGCUAUCACUGGCAAACUAUUGUACAUUUGCUUGAAAAUAAAGGCCAGAAUUGAAAUUAUGGAGCAAGAAAAAAAAAAAGGUUGAAUUUUUUUUUCCCCUGAUUUGGAUGGUUCAUAUGGUUGCAGUACCAGAAACAGCCACAAGGAGGCAGUAGAGUACUAGAUGUGGGAUAUUUCCUUAAGCUGUAAGAGUUGUAAAAUACAACACACCUGAAGAUUUAUAAACGGACAAGGUGAGGGAUGAAAAAACAGCCACAAAGUGCAGAGCUUCCGGCUGUAACAACCUGUACACAUGCAUGUUGUUCCAAACUGGCAGUUUUGUUGGAAAAUAUACUUGAGAAAAGAUACUUGAGAAAUGGUUGAAUCAGAAUUUUCACAUUGCAAAUGUUCCCCAAAAGCCGCUCCAGGGCGACUGUCUGCGCCAUCUGAGGCCGUCAACAAGAUUAGGAUGGAGGUUUGGGAAUCGAUUGGUUUCCCGUCACCCUUUUCACUUCUCAUCUGUGCUGAUCUCCACGUCCUCUCCUCUACAGCUGGCAGCAGAUGAGACCUGCGAGUGUGUCUGACAAGGAUGGAGAAAUAUCUAGGGCAAGACAGCCAGAGGUAAAAUCAUGGAAAAAAGGGAGGGAAGAAAAAACCUGCACAGAUGAAAAGAUGGUGAGAUUUGGCAGGG